AUGUCGUUACCUGUCUGGGUGCCAUUUGGGCGCCUUUCCUAUUGUAUGUAUCUGACGCACCUUGUAGUGAUGAUGUAUAUCGCAGGCAUGGGUGCUGUUGCCUUCAAGUUCUCAGACUCGUUUCAUACGUUCGUUACAUUUGCAUUGCCUUGCUGCGUACUGACAUGUUUUUUUGCCUACUGUCUCAGCGUUCUCUUCGAGAUCCCAGCCGGAAAAGUGGAAAUGGUGUUUUUGGAGAAAGGUCGUGGUCGAACACUCCAGCAGCAUCAGCAAAAAACUCAUACGGACGAGCAACAGUUACAAAUACCGGAGACCAGUGUUCGGAUAGAUAAAUCAAAUGAGAUGAAGUAA